AUGGGACUUACAUGCUCGAGGUGGAUGACUGCCAUUGUCCACUCGGAGAUGCCGGUCAAGUCUCAGACCCGCGCUCAUGGACUCCAGCUCUGGAUCAACUUACCCAAGGAGCACAAAAUGUGUGAGCCACAGUACCAAGAACUCCUCGACGGUCAGAUCCCGCGCGCCAGACCUCAGGACGGUGUCGUCGUCAAAGUCAUCUCCGGAGUAUCUCACGGAGUCAAGUCCCAAAUCUAUACCAGCACACCGACAAUAUUUCUCGACCUCAAGAUGCACAAGAACCAAACCGUCACCCAAACCAUCCCAGCAACAUACAACGUAUUCAUUUACGUACUCAGCGGCACCGCAUACGUCGGGAACCCGAACAGCGAGACCGAGGCAAAAGCGCAUCAUACCAUCAUCUUCUCCGAGGAUAGUACCAGCACCGUCAGGGUGCAGACAAAAGAUGAGGCAGCGCAUUUGUACUAA